GGCCGGGCAUGGUAACGGCUCGGAAGCCGAGGGGGCUGGGCCGGACGCAGGCGGAGGACCCGGGUCGGACGCCGCCGCUGCCGCCCUGUCCCAGCGCGCUCCGUGAGGCCCGCGCGGCGCCGCGUCGGCCAUGAUGAUCCACGGCUUCCAGAGCAGCCACCAGGACUUCUCCUUCGGGCCCUGGACGCUGACGGCCGCCAAGACGCACAUCAUGAAGUCGGCGGACGUGGAGCGGUUAGCUGAUGAACUGCACAUGCCGUCUCUCCCUGAAAUGAUGUUUGGAGACAACGUCCUGAGGAUCCAGCACGGCUCUGGCUUUGGGAUUGAGUUCAAUGCUACAGAUGCAUUACGAUGUGUAAACAACUAUCAAGGAAUGCUUAAAGUAGCCUGUGCUGAAGAGUGGCAGGAGAGCAGGACGGAGGGUGAGCACUCCCAAGACGUUCUUAAACCCUACGAUUGGACCUACACCACAGACUACAAGGGAACACUACUUGGAGAGUCACUUAAGUUAAAGGUUGUACCUACAACAGAUCAUAUAGAUACAGAGAAACUGAAAGCCAGAGAACAGAUUAAAUUUUUUGAAGAAGUUCUCCUGUUUGAGGAUGAACUUCAUGAUCAUGGAGUUUCAAGCCUGAGUGUGAAAAUUAGAGUGAUGCCUUCUAGCUUUUUCCUGCUAUUGCGAUUUUUCCUGAGAAUUGAUGGGGUGCUUAUCAGAAUGAAUGACACAAGACUUUACCAUGAGGCGGACAAGACCUACAUGUUACGAGAAUAUACAUCACGAGAGAGCAAAAUUGCUAAUUUAAUGCAUGUUUCACCUUCCCUCUUCACGGAACCUAAUGAAAUAUCACAGUAUUUACCGAUCAAGGAGGCAGUUUGUGAGAAGCUACUAUUUCCAGAAAGAAUGGAUCCUAACCCUGCAGACUCACAAGAAAGUGCACCUGCGGAAUAGAAUGUGAUACAACAUAGACUCACCGUGGAAUCUGACUGGGGACCUUAGCUAUUUGGAGGGGGUAUUUUUAUUCUGAGAAUUACUUGCCUUGUUUAUGUGCAGAUUUUCUGUAGCCUUAAAGGAAAAAAAA